ACGCAAAAAAUCGAUUGCACAAAAAUCAUUUUUGAAUUCGAUUUGUUAUUGCAAAUUGACAGUGAAAUUGUUGUUUUGCAUUAAAAACCAUUAAAAUUCGCAUUGAUCCAAGUAAACGUGUCGCAGUGUCGACGUUUGACGUUUUAUGAACAGAUGUGCAUUCGUUUGACGUUUCAAACGACGUUGUUUAUUUUUCUUUGUAUGGCUAAUGUCAAGGCGAUUGCAAACAGCGAGAGUGUAACACAUAAAAACACAUUGAAAAAAAAAUCCCGAUUAUUUUUCGAUUCGAUUGGGUCACAAUUGUUUUGUUUCAUCCAUCACGUUCGAUAGCAGUGGAUUGCUUUUACAUAUGCAAUCAGACAAUUAGCGUACGUCGACGACAUGACGAAAAAAGACGAUGACUUAAUAACACCGUCAACUAAAAAGAUACGUUUUCGCGGUGACCUUAAUGCAUACUAUUUCGAUAAUCAUAUCGAAGAUAUUUUCGAUGAUCCCGAGCGGAGAAAGUUAAAGUUUGGCGACCAAAAUGCCGACGAAAGCAAUAAAAAAGAACCUGUUGAUGAUCGAUCAUUUUUUGACUUUAUCAAAAUUGAGCUCACGCGCGGCUACGUUCCAGAACACGACGAGGAGCGAUUUUCAGCACGACGCGAAAAAAUCUACACAUUCAUGAAAAUCCCGCGUGAAUUUGAAAAGUUUAUGGUUUAUGGGGUGCUUCAGUGUAUCGACUCCUUUUUGUAUAUUCACACAUUUUUACUGAUUCGGUAUGUGUUGGCCGUGUGUGCUGUGAUAUGGCGUCCGAUUGCAACAUGUUUUGGCCUGCGACGACGCGGUCAACGGCUUUUGGCGCCGGCCGAGGUGUGUGAUCUCUUGAAGGGCUCCAUUUGGAUAGCCGCCAUUUGCAUUCUUAACAUGAUUGACACAAAUCGCAUGUAUCACAUCAUCAAAAGUCAAUCGGUGAUAAAAUUAUACAUUUUCUACAAUAUGCUUGAAGUCGGCGAUCGGCUGCUCUGCGCAUUUGGACAAGAUACGAUCGACGCCCUAUUUUGGACAGCAACUGAGCCGAAGGAACGCAGCCGCAGUCGCAUUGGUCUAUUUGGACAUAUCAUUUUUGCACUGUUCUACGUCAUUCUGCACAGCAGUUUGAUCAUGUUUCAAGCGACUACCUUGAAUGUGGCCAUCAAUUCGGACAACAAAGGACUGCUCGGUAUCAUGAUGUCGAAUAAUUUUGUGGAGCUAAAAGGAAGUGUGUUUAAGAAAUUCGAUAAAAACAACUUAUUCCAGCUCACUUGUGCAGAUGUGCGUGAACGUGUCCAUUUGACCGUUCUACUGUUUGUGGUGGUUAUUCAAACGAUGAAAGAGUUUAACUGGAGCAGUGAACAGUUUUUGAUUCUGUUUACCGACUGUUUCUCGGUAAUGAUGGUGGAAUUUCUGAUUGAUUGGAUAAAACAUGCCUUCAUAACCCGUUUCAAUGAGCUUCCAGCCGAUGUAUACAAAGAGUUUACCAUUUCACUUGCAUAUGAUAUGACCCAAACGCGUCAAAAACACGCAUUUUCCGAUCAUUCAGAUUUGGUUGCACGUCGAAUGGGCUUCAUUCCGUUCCCAUUGGGUGUGGUAUUGAUCAAAGCGCUGUACAGUGCGGUAAAAAUUGAAAAUUUUGCAUCAGUCUUGCUUGUAAUCAUCGCUUUCAUAACCCUUAUGAGCUGUCGCAUUCUCAAUACAAUUUGUGCGCUGGGCAAAGCAUGUGACUUGAUGCAGUCGCACCAAAAGGAAAAGCAAGCAGCAGCCAAUGCUGCCGCUACGAAUAUAACCAUGCCUUCGACACUCACCACUCCUGCGGCCACUGCAAGCAGUCAAUCGAAUCCGGCUGCUCCGAAUGCACCGAAUAUCGCAAUUAACCUGAACAUUGGAGGUAUUCAUCCGUUGCCAAACACACCGGCCAAGCCUCGAAACGCGGAAAAUCUUUCAAACAGUCAAAUUGUCGACGCUUCAACUUCACCGAUCCCAUUCACGCCGUUGCAACGCUCGAAAACUGUUGACACCGUGGCCGAUUUGAAGGCACAGGAAUCAUUGCCAGCAAACAAUUCCAAACUUUUGACCGAGCCAAAUUUAGGUGCCACUGCAUUAUUUUCCAACAGCGAUGUUGAUCUUGACCGCGAUGUUUGCCUCAACGAACACAUACUUAAUGAGAACAGUGACACAUGUUCGGAAGAUCAAUUGACACGGAGCGAACCAGAUUUACAGCAAGCCGAAAGCGUUGAACCAAACCGAACACAACUACCGCAACGGCGUACACACAAGCGUUCCGAGUCAGAACCAUUCAUUCAUGCCGAAAAUAGCAGUCACUGAUAACACACACACACACACACACAACCAAAGAGAGACAUACAACUGCACACUAGACGGGCAGCAAAUUAAAACAACAAAACGCUCGGCAUCCAGAUGCCGAUUCUCACGUUUCAUUUUGAUUAAAUCAUACAUUUAUGCAUAUUGUAUCUCCCAGUCAGAUGCACCCGACAUGCUUCGCAAGAUUUGUUUUUCGUAACACCAGACACUUUUGCAUGUCUUAGCUGAUUAAGUACGCUUGCAAAUAGAAACUUUGUUAUUCGAUUGAAAUUUUGUUUGUUUGUUUUUUUUUCUUGAUAAAAUGGAAACAGAGAGGAAAAUCAAAUGUAUAUAAAAUACAGACACGUCUUUUUUUAUAUCGAUAAUUUAGUUAAUUUAUUUGUUUCGAUCAAUCAACUAUUAUAAUGUUAACUUUUUUCCAUGUUUUUGGCCCUAUGUAAAUACUAUUUCCUAAAAUUGAACAUCAUCACAUAUAACCAUUAUGAUUUCUUUUUUGAUAGCAAUUCAAUUAAUCAGAUAUAAAAAAGUAUUUUGGAAAAAAGUGUAAUUUUUCUUACAAGGAAAAAUAAAACAAAAAACUUUAGCAAAUAAAGAGCUUUCGUGAGA